GCGAUAUUCCUCGAGGUUUCCGGUGUUGUGAAUGUGUGUCUGCUAAAGAUGGCGCUCAGCAUCCGAUGCCGUCCUAUCCGAAGUAUUCGGAUGCGAGGUCGGAAUGACAGUGGGGAGGAAAAUGUACCUCUCGAUCUCACAAGAGACCCCUCUGAGAACAUGCGAGAGAUCCUCCAGAAUGUGGCCAAACAGCAAGGCGUCUCGAAUAUGCGCAAACUCGGCCACCUGAACAACUUCAUCAAGCUGCUCUGCAAUGUCGGGCACUCCGAGGAAAAGUUUGGCUUUACCUAUGAAGAAAUAAUCAUAUGCCUCAGGUUGGCGUUGCUCAAUGAGGCUAAGGAGGUGCGGGCGGCUGGAUUGCGUGCUCUUCGCUACCUCAUCCGAGACGGUAACAUCCUUCAGAAAGUGCUCCGGCUCCAGGUGGAUUACCUGAUUGCCAGGUGCAUUGACAUCCAGCAGAGUAAUGAAGUGGAACGCACACAAGCACUCAGACUGGUGAGAAAGAUGAUCACUGUGAACGCCCCGGUCUUCCCAAGCUCAAUCACAAACUCCCUUAUUGCUGUGGGUAACGAUGGACCACAGGAGCGGGACCGUAUGGUUCGUGCCUGCAUCGCCAUUAUCUGUGAACUUGCACUGGAGAACCCUGAGAUUGUGGCCAAGAGGGGUGGCCUCAGCACCAUCCUGAAGAAUGUAAUCGACUGUCAGCUCAGUCGCAUCAAUGAGGCUCUGAUGACCACCAUCCUGCACCUGCUCAAUCACCCACAUACACGGCAAUACGUUCGCUCUGACGUGGAGCUUGAGCAAAUCCUGGCACCUUACACAGACUUUCAUUACAGACACAAUCCAGACACAGCAGAAGGUCAACUCAAAGAAGACAGGGAGGCUCGAUUUCUGGCCAGUAGGAUGUCCAUUGUUGCUUCCCUUCGCUCUUGGUCAGGCAUCAUUAAUCUCUGCAAAUCAGGCAACUCUGGAAUCCAGUCUCUCAUUGGUUUGCUGUGUAUACCAAAUAUGGAAGUGAGGCGUGGUCUUCUGGAGGUGAUGUAUGAUAUAUUCAGACUCCCUGUUCCCGUGGUGACGCACGAUUUUAUAGAAGCUCUUCUCAGUGUGGACCCCAGUAGAUUUCAGGACAGUUGGAGACUGUCAGAUGGCUUUGUAGCCGCAGAAGCAAAAAUAAUUCUUCCACAUAGGGCACGGUCCAGACCAGAUUUGAUGGAUAACUAUCUCGCCUUGCUACUUUGUGCAUUCAUUCACAGUGGACUUUUAGAGGGCCUGGUUGAAGUGAUCACUAGCAGUGAUGAUAGUGUCUCAGUGCGUGCAACCAUCCUUUUAGGAGAACUCCUGCAUAUGGCCAACACCAUUCUUCCCCACUCCCAUAGUCACCACCUGCACUGCCUGCCCACUCUUAUGAGCAUGGCUGCUUCUUUUGACAUUCCUCAGGAGAAAAGACUACGGGCAAGUGCUGCAGUCAAUUACUUGAAGCGAUUUCAUGAGAAGAAGAAACGAGGCCCCAAACCCAAUAGUCUUUACUUGGACCACAUUAUUCGCAAAUCGCUGGCUGCUCAUUUGUUUCGGGACCAGCACCUUAGGCCCCAGAGGGACAUUUUUGGCAUUAAGGACACUGAGGAGGCCCUGAUGAUGAACCUCAGAGACAGUCAGAUUCUCAGUCAUAAACAGAAUUUGGAAUGGAACUGGGUCCUAAUCAGUACCAUACUCAAGUGGCCAAAUGCUAACCUUCGGAACAACAAAGAGGAACAGAUGCACAAGUUUGUACGAAGGCUGCUUUUCUUCUACAAGCCUAGCAGCAAGCUGUAUGCUAGCCUGGAGCUGGACCACAGCAAGGCCAGGCAAUUAACGGUGGUGGGCUGUCAGUUCAUUGAGUUUCUGCUGGAGUCAGAUGAGGAUGGCCAGGUGUAUCUUGAGGACCUGGUGAAGGACAUUGUCCAGUGGCUGUCCUCAUCCUCUGGCCUGAACCCAGACCGUAGUCUGCAGAGCAACGGCCUCCUCGCCACUCUCAGCCAACACUACUUCCUCUUCCUCGGCACUCUUUCUGCCCACCCGCAGGGUGUUAAGAUGCUUGAGAAGUGCAGCGUCUUCCAGUGCCUGCUGAACCUGUGCUCCUUGAAGAACCAGGACCAUCUUCUGAAGCUGAUUGUUUCCACACUGGACUACAGCCGGGAUGGCUUAGCACGAGUCAUCCUCUCCAAGAUCCUCACUGCUGCCACUGACAACUGCAGGCUGUACGCCACCAAGCAUCUGCGGGUCCUACUUCGAGCUAACGUGGAGUUCUUCAGCAAUUGGGGUAUUGAACUGCUGGUGACUCAGCUACACGACCGCAACAAGGCCGUCUCGGUGGAGGCUUUGGACAUACUGGAUGAGGCCUGUGAAGACAAGGCAAACCUGCACGCCCUGAUUCAGAUGAAGCCAGCGCUAACUCACCUUGGAGACAAGGGUGUGCUGUUGCUGCUACGGUUUUUGUCCAUUCCAAAGGGGUUCUCCUAUCUAAAUGAAAGGGGAUAUGUCACUAAACAACUAGAAAAAUGGCAGAAGGAAUACAACCUCAAGUAUGUGGACCUCAUAGAGGAACAGCUAAAUGAAGCACUUACUACUUACCGUAAACCAGUGGAUGGAGAUAACUAUGUGCGACGGAGCAACCAAAGGUUACAAAGACCAAAUGUUUUUCUUCCUGUGCAUUUGUAUGGGCAAAUUGUACAUGAUAAGACAGGCUGUCAUUUGCUGGAAGCUCAGAAUGUAGUUUCAGACCUGAGCUACACCGUGCGCUGCCCAGUGCUGGACAAAUGGGAUGGCAUCAAACAACUUAAAGCUGCUCUUUGGGCCCUGGGAAACAUUGGCACGUCUAACUGGGGACUGAAUCUGCUACAGGAAGAGAAUGUAAUUCCAGAUAUCGUCGCUCUGGCCCAUGACUGUGAGGUUCUGUCUAUUAGAGGGACAUGUCUUUAUAUACUGGGACUCAUUUCUAAAACUAAGCAGGGAUGUGAGCUUCUCAAACUCCAUGGUUGGGAUGCAGUUAGGCACAAUCGCAGACAGCUGUGGCCUGUGGUGCCGGAUGAGGUGGAGCAGAGCCAGAACCUACAGCAGCAGCAGCAACAACAACAGCAGCAACCCCUCAUCCACCUGUCCUCAGCUCCCAGCACCCUCAGCCUGACCUCGGAGUCCACCAGCUCUAGACAUAACAGUGAGAGUGACUCCACUCAGCCUAGCAUGUACAUCCUGGAUGAUGACAAGUUAGAAAGCUCUGAACUUUCAGAAGACCAGCCACUGUACCUCAGGCCCAAACUUCUAAAGGACCGCAGCCCCUUCACCAUACUAGCCUCCAGUCGGCUUGUCCGAAACCGCUUCCUCAUCUCCCUCUCUGGAAAAAAACUCCGUAGUACCAGUGACCCUAAAGGCACUGGUAGCAGCAGUAAACUCCAUGGUGAGCCCACGUUAGGAGGCCUAAGGAGGAUACGCACAGUUACAGAGCCCUCAUUAUUCUCUCAAGUUCAGGGAGAUGUCUUUAGUCCUGUAUUUACUGACGGACAUCUGCCAAAAAGCCCAAGCGUUAGUUUGGAUACCUCUUUUGUAGGUAGUAAGACUUCGGAAACUCAGGGCAGCACGUGUAGUAUUGGCGAGCCGGAGGUACGUCUAAACAAAACUGCAGAACGGAGCUCAGGAGUUGGAGACGUCCACCGAGAGCAGACCAGUCGGGAAAGGCUUGCCUGCGAUGGCUCAACCUCUGGGGGCGGGGCUCAGUUUAAAAGUCGCAGCCAGAGUUUCAACACGGACACAACCACUAGUGGUAUCAGCUCCAUGAGCUCCAGCCCCUCCAGAGAGACGGUGGGUGGCAUGGACUCUUCCACCAUUGACACGGACUGUGUUAGCCUCAAUACUGUCAUUAGCACUCAAACUGUCAAAACACUUAAUUCUCUCACGCCCCAGUCCAACCACCUUCCCCUGUCCAAAUCUAACUCAGUACUGCUGAUGCCACCAGGUUCUUCUCAUACUUUGCCACGCAGGGCUCAGUCCCUUAAAUCGACUUCUGUCACAACCAUUUCAAGCCUGACAGACUGUAGCUUCAUGUACACCAGCCCUCGGGAUGCACUGGGAUACGCUACCCUCAAACGACUACAGCAGCAGCGCAUUCACCCCUCCUUUUCCCAUAGUGAGGCGCUUGCUUCGCCUGCCAAAGACGUGCUCUUCACCGAUGCCAUCACUAUGAAAACUGGCAGCCUGGACUCCAGACUCACACCACGCAGGUUUCUCAAGGCUCUGAGUUUUGCAUCUCUGGAUAAGGAGGAUCUUCUGAGCCCUAUCAGUCAAACCUCCCUUCAGCGCUCCUCCUCAGUGCGUUCAAUGGUGUCCAGUGCCACAUAUGGCAACUCCGAUGACUACAUUGGCCUUGCACUGCCCAUGAACAUCAACAGCAUGUUCCAGAUUAAAGACAUACCAUACUUCCAGAAGAGGACAAGUCCACUGUCACAGGACCGAUCAGCAAAGUUCUUCUCGGGAGAUGCAGAUGGUUCCAGUGAAGGAUCUAGGCAUUCUGUUCUGCGAUCUCAGCUUAGUAUCACAGAGCUGAUUGCUGUGAGCCGUUCAGACCAGCACCAGCUGCUGGGUGCGGAUGAGACUGGCCUGCAGGAGCACAAUGAGGAGAACUGUCUUUACUGUGCAGGGCUCUACGUGCUUGGGUGCAAUGUAAACACUCCCACACAAAACCGCACUGACUAUCCCAAUGCUCCAUUCUCGGAAUGGUGCAAUCAGUUCUUACACAAUCUGGACGUCAUGCCUCAGUCGAAGUACUCAGGAGUGUCUGGCUGCAGCGAUGCUGUCUCUCAGGGCUCUGGUGGCAGCACACGAAGCACCGAGCUUGUUCUUGGGGUGAAAAAUAUUCCAGAGGAUGCUCCAGCCUGCCGUGUUCUUCUGAGGAAGGAGGUGCUUCGACUGGUCAUCAACCUGAGCUCCUCAGUGGGGACCAAAGGGAAUGAAACCGGACUCCUCACAAUCAAAGAAAAGUUUCCUUAUGCGUUUGAUGACAUCUGCCUGUAUUCUGAAGUUUCAUACUUGUUGGCCCAUUGCAUGUUCAGACUGGCUUCACGACGCUUCAUUCAGGAGCUCUUUCAAGAUGUUCAGUUCAUUCCGAUGUACGAGGAGGCUGAGAGCAUUCUGUCAAUGCCCAAGAAGUCUACCACAGUAGAUCUUCCAUCAGAACCGUGAUCCUCUAAGUGUUUUUCACACUAUACUCUUCCCCGAUGCAGCAAGUAUGGAUCUCUUUCUUGAUGAAUGCGCAAUAAGAGACUAGGGCUAUGGAACAGACAUAGGUGGACUGAGAGCGAGUCACCAGAAACAUUCCCACAGAAAGAGAAAUAGUGGUACGUUAAGAGAACAAACUCUUUUUACCUGAACAAAUACACUCUCCACGGAAGUUCUGUAGACAUCUACGCGGUAACCAAAUAAACCUUCUAAACUGAACGGAAAGUGAAACAUGCAAAUAUUUGAUCUAUGUGUCAAUACGGAUUGUAUAUCAAAAGCAAGCAAGCGAAAUCUUUCAAGACUUGUCGAGGGAGAUUAUUAACUUCCAUUUUUUUGAUUGCAUGUAACAAACACGUUUUUCCUUGAGUGGAUCCCUCAACACUACAACAUUCCAGCUGUUUUCUUUGGAUUUCUCUAUUACUAAUUUUGGCUGUUUAAAAUAUGAAAUGGCUUUCGCAACCAGGCCGAGCAAACACUCUUAGUCCUGGUGUGACUUGUGCAAUUGCUUUGUAAGACAAUCAUCAAGUAAUAAUAAUAGUCUACAAAUGCCAGUUUUUAUUUGCUUGUUGUACCGGUCUCAUAAAAGGGUUUUAGCUUAUUGGUUUUUAUCGACGUAGCACAUAGUAAUCCCUGAGUACAUGUAUGUACAUGUUUUUAAUGGUGUUGUUACACAAUAAUGCAACAGUGACUGUAUUGUAUUGUGUAACUUUGUUAACUGACUUAUGAAACGUCAUCCAAAAUAAUCUGACAUUCGAAUCAGUAAGAUAUUUAUUUAUUUAUUCACUUAUUUAUUGUUUGGUCCAAGCAGCUCCUCUGUCCCUUUCACUUUAUUUUAGCCCAUUAGCUAGGAUAAAACUGACUGCGUAUCAUUUCUGUCUGACAGUCAGUGUACAUGUAGACAAUGGGCUUCAAAAGAGGAAGUGAAAGUGCAUUUCAUCACUGCCAUUUUGCAGUUUUACUCCGUUUUAAGUCAUUUUAGAGAUUUUAACUAACCCAUAGAAAGUUUUCUCUUUCUGUAGAGAAAACCGUUAAUUAUUUGAAGCAUUAUUAAAACUAAGAUUCGCCAAACAUA